AUGGGCUACCCAGACGAAAAGAAGAGAGGAUCUCAAUCCUCCUCAAAGGACGGCAACGAACACCCCUUCCAGGACCACUAUGACGACUCAAAACAGCUGCCUUCGCCACCUUCUGUCGGCACCUCCGCCUCCGCUCAACCACCACCACCCUUGCCAUCCAGACAACCCUCGAUCAUCCACAGAUCCGCAACAUCGAGUACACCCCGGAAUAGCGUCGGUCGCAGCACGUAUUCUCCUGCUCGGGAUGACUACAGGGAAGUCUACCGGGACCUCACUCAGAUCUACAAGCGCAAGAUCCGACCUCUCGAGACAACAUAUAACUUUGAGGGCUUCCAUUCGGCGCCGUUGACAGACAGUGAUAUCCUUGCUAAACCCAUGGUUCUAUUGUUGGGCCAGUACAGUACUGGAAAAACAACAUUCAUUAAGCACCUCAUCGAAAGUGAUUAUCCAGGAUCCCACAUCGGAGUUGAGCCAACUACCGACAGGUUCGUGGCAGUGAUGAAUGGCUCUGAACCCCGAGUGAUUCCAGGAAACGCCGCCGCAGUCUCUGCAGAUUUACCCUUCAGGGGUUUGGAUCGAUUUGGACAGGCGUUCCUGACCAGGUUCCAGGUGUCUCAGUGUCCCAACCCUUUGCUGGAGAACCUGACCUUGAUCGACACCCCCGGUAUUCUUGCAGGGGACAAGCAGCGAGUCGAGCGCGGAUACGACUUUACAAAGACCAUCGAGUGGUUUGCUCAGCGGUCGGAUCUGAUUCUCCUCUUCUUCGACUCUCACAAGCUGGACAUUUCGGACGAAUUCAAGAGCUCAAUCUUUGCUCUCAAGGGACACGAGGAGAAGGUGCGAGUGAUCUUGAACAAGAGCGACAUGGUGGACCAACAGCAGUUGAUGAGAGUGUAUGGCGCACUGAUGUGGUCGCUCGGCAAGGUGAUCCAGACACCAGAGGUCAUGAGGGUCUACCUGGCGUCGUUCUGGCUGCACAAGCCAUCAAAUGCUUUCGAGGACUGUCGAGCACUGCUGGAGAAGGAGCAAGCGGAUUUACUCAAGGACCUACGAGAUUUACCGAGGAAUGCCGCCAUCCGCAAAGUCAAUGAGAUUGUCAAGCGAGCGCGAUUGGCGAGAGUGCAUGCAUACAUCAUUGGACACUUGCGCAAGGAGAUGCCGGCUGUUUUUGGCAAGAAAUCACGCCAGCGCGAGCUGAUCAGCAACAUGCAAACAGAGUUCCUUAAGGUACAGCAGCUCUACAGUGUCCCUGAAGGCGACUUUCCCAACGUCGCGGCCUUUAGGCAGUCGCUCGAGGCCUACCGGUUCGAGAACUUCGCCAGGAUUAGUCAGCCCAUCCUGUCGGUCGCCGAAGAGGCUUUAUCACACGACCUCCCAAAAAUCAUGCGCCGGUUCCCGCAGUACAACCCCCUUCUGGAACUGAGCCAGAAGAACCCAUUCCUCGGGCCACCAGAAGUCUUCAACGCCUUGAACUCGAACUCUAGAGGAGGGGAUAUCCCUCCAAGCUACUGGCACUUUUCCUCGGUGGACAAGUCUGUGUCGCAACCCAUCUUUUUAUCCCUAAACCCGAUCGAGGGCAAGAUUAAUGGGUCGACUGCGAAACCGUAUCUGAUGGGCACCGGUCUGUCGGUUGAGCUGUUGGCCAAGAUCUGGACGCUGGCGGACUGGACGUGCGAUGGCUAUCUGAGUGAGGACGAGUUUGCGGUAGCCAUGCAUUUGAUCCGCGCAGUUGAGAGCGGGGGAGAGCAGGCCCUCCCUGAGACGCUGCCCCAGUCGAUGUUGCCAUGA